AUGCAACCUCUCCGAUGGCUAGGCAUCUUGCCCGGUGCUUGGGGCGUUCGGGGGGAGACUAUUUCCAAAGAUGAGCUUUGUGUGACUGCGAUCUUUUCAGCAUACAAUUAUAUCUCUUUUAAGGGAGACCCCGAGAAGGGAAUGUGGGAGACGCGCUGUCGGAACCCAUUCAAAGUUGCAUCUAUCUAUGCAUCAUCGGAGAUUUAUUGUCACGACGAGGAGCGUCGUACUGGACUAACACAGUUGGCGAAACUAUGUCAGGAGGUGGGCCAUAGCGAAUUACUGUCAAGAGCUGCUGUUGCAGAGCAUCUUACCGAGGAGAGCAUCCGCAACAUGAGAAUUGUGGAUUAUUUGGAGCUCUCACGGGUGAACUACCAGAAUACUCCCGUUCUUCUUUCUGCAUCAUAUUUCAAUCGCAUGUUCGAUACAAUUGACUCUUGGCAAUUCGAGACAUGGUCACAUCACGCCUUUAGAUAUUUCCAAAUAAGCUACGUUGGGUACGCCUAUUGGGCAGGAAUUUUAUCACUGGGAGUCCUCUAUCGCCUAUAUGGUUGGAUGCUUCUUGGUCGACAGCAACACAUCGAGUCUGGCCUGGAGUCCACCAUAUAUCGCUCAAUCUGGCGUCGACUGUCAUUUUUGGAAUGCGUUGUUCAUUGGAUUUUAACACAUCUGAUUAUCCUGUCCCCGCUUGCUGGUCAAGGGCGGCGUUUAAUUGGUUGUACAUUCCCAUCGCGAGCAGAUGCACUUGCAGUGGGAGGCUUUUGGAUACUAAGUAUUAUCCUAAGUGUGGUUGGUUACCGAACUUUUCAGGGCAAUAUCUACUGGCCCGACGUCACUAGUCAGAUUCUACGCUAUUCAGCUGAUCGGACCGGAAUCAUGUCAUUCGCGAACUUCCUUCUAUUAAUUGUAUUCGCCGGACGCAAUAACAUAUUAAUCUGGGCCACUGGGUGGAGUUUUGCGACCUUUAACGUCUUUCAUCGUCAUGUGGCACGGAUCGCAACGUUUCAAGCAGUGGCCCAUUCAGUCCUAUAUUUCGUGAUAUAUAUUCGAGUCAACAAAUUAUGGAAGGAAAUCACCAAAGUUUAUAUCCUCUGGGGGGUUUUGACAUUUAUCCUGAUGAUUUUGGUUUUAAUCACUUCAUUGGAUCGUAUGCGUGCCGCGUCCUACGAGCUUUUUAUGGUAGCUCACAUUCUUUUGUCUGUGAUCACUCUCGUUGGCUGUUUCUACCAUACCAUUGUCUUUGAAGGGCACGAGUAUUGGGAGUAUCUGUGGCCAUCCGUGAUAAUUUGGGCAACCGAUCGCUGUCUGAGGAUCGUUCGGCUAGUUUAUUGUAACGUCCACGUUAGGCUGUCUAAGGGCAAGUUCAUAAAUGUCACAGAGUCUCGCAUGACAUACGACGAAGUAGCCGAUGUCAUUCGGUUGGAGGUCACCCCAGGAAUGCCAGGUUUACAGGCUAGGCCGGGAGACUACUACUUCUUGUAUCAGCCAUUCCGCUUCACCGGCUGGGAGAACCAUCCGUUUACUGUUGGAGCUUGGAGCUACGAAUCGGAUCCGCGUGGAGCGCCACUGGAAAUCGUUGGCAAACCUUGGGACUCUAUCGAUAAUUCUCAGCUUCCACUUCUAUCUGAGACCAUUUUUAGUCAUCGAAGCUUGGGCGGAAGGAAAAUGCCAUUUCAACAAUCUCUGAUCCCAAAGCUGACCUUCUGGAUUCGUCCCUACAAUGGCUGGACGCAACAGCUUCGCAAGCAAUGUUUGCGUGUGUCGAACCAACCUGUUCACACCACUAUGCUUCUCGAAGGCCCGUAUGGACACAACGUCCCUCUCUGGAGAUACGAAUCAGUGUUGAUCAUCGUGGGAGGGACUGGCAUUGCCGCCGCGGUGCCAUAUCUUCAUGAUCAUCUCCAAAGGUCUACCAAUCACUGGUCAGACACAUCGGAAGAAAAGUUACAAACCCGAGAGAUCGAAUUAGUCUGGACUACACGACAGCCAGCUUUCCUUCGUGACCUUGCCGAUCGUGAACUCAAACAGAUGCUUGACCGGGAAGACUUUCGUGCCUCUUUCUAUGCCACGGGAUCCUCGGAUAGAUUUCGCGAGGAUUGGAAUGCUGUUGGAUAUACAGUCCAGAUGGGUCGACCAAAUCUUCAGUCGAUAAUUCUGAGCCAUUCCUGUGAUACCUCUGCGGCUGGGAUGAAGUUAGCCAUUUUGGUUUGUGGACCAACUGGGAUGGCCGACGAGGCGCGUGCGGCAAUACACCUGGCAAGGCAACAAGGUUACCAGAACAUUGAGUAUGUAGAAGAGUCAUUUACCUGGUGA